AUGGACGGAUCAGUGAGGGUACCUCCUUCGGGUUCAGGUAAAAGGGUGGAUCAAGUGCGCCCGAGGAGGCGAAGAUCGGGUUUCGAGCCUACACUCGAAAGCAUUAAGGAGGUUGAGGAAGAGGAGGAUAAAACGGAGAAUGAGUCGGCGUUUGAGGGGACGGAAGGCGGGGAGAAUGAAGACGAAAAAAGGGAGGAAGAGAAGCAGAAGAACGACGAUAAAAAAGAGGAGGAUAACCAGGCGGAGGGUGUGCAUGCAUAUGAAUUAGAAAAUUGUCGACAAUUGGAGAAGGAAAGAUCAAAGAAGAGAUGGAAUGAUGAAGAAGUUGAUCAGAGCGUGGUACUGACGACCAUCACGAUUCAAAACAAUGCGUUUGAGCCCGUAAAUGUUGGACCAGCAUGGGGAAGGGAAAUUGCAACUGAACACGGUCACUCGAAAAAUCGUCGUCGCCACCGCUUUCGACGAAGUCGGCAAAGACUGUAG